AUGGCCGAUCCGAAGAAAAACUUACUGCUAUUCUUUGACCGCCCCACUGAGCCGUGCUUCAUGCAAAAAGGGGCGGAAGGUGUCACUUUUGAUAUACCAGAAAACUUCUUCCCGGACAAAUACAAGUCGCUGUCGAACACGCUAACGAACAGAUUCGGCGGCAGUGCCAAGAGGAACAUCCUGGUGAGGAACAUCGCGCUGCCAAACCUCAACUUGCCACUGCAACUGGGCUACCAGGAGCACUUCUCACUCUUCGUACCCAAGCAUAGGCAGAUGGCGGGCAGGCUGAUUGAUAUAUUUAUGGGCAUGCGCGACUUGCACGACUUACAGUCCAUUUGCUCUUACUGCCAGCUACGAAUCAAUCCGUACAUGUUCAACUACUGCUUAUCGGUAGCGUUGCUUCACAGACCCGACACCAAAGGCAUGGACCUGCCAACACUGACGGAAACAUUCCCGGACAAAUUUAUGAGCCCAAAGGUUUUCCGUCAGGCUCGCGAAGUGUCCACGACAGUGAAAACCGGCCCAAGGAUGCCGGUGAUAAUCCCGCAAAACUACACCGCCGCGGACUCCGAGCCAGAGCAGCGAGUCGCCUACUUCCGCGAGGACAUUGGCAUCAACCUCCACCAUUGGCACUGGCAUCUGGUGUACCCGUUCGACUCGGCCGACCGCGCCGUGGUUAACAAAGACCGCCGCGGGGAGCUGUUCUACUACAUGCAUCAGCAGAUCAUCGCCAGAUAUAAUGCUGAACGUUUCUGCAACAACUUGGGCCGCGUGACGCGUUACAACAACUUCCGGGAACCAAUCGCUGAAGGCUACUUCCCGAAACUGGACUCCCAAGUGGCUAGUCGUGCUUGGCCACCGAGAUUCGCCGGGUCGACCAUUCGGGAUUUAGAUCGACCAGUCGACCAAAUAAGGAGCGAGGUCGGCGAAUUGGAGAUGUGGAGGGAUCGCAUAUUGCAGGCAAUUGAAAAUAACGCUGUUUUGCUGCCGGGCGGUCGCACGAUGCCAUUGACCGAAGAGAAGGGAAUCGACAUAUUGGGCAACAUCAUGGAGUCGUCGAUAAUCAGUCCCAACAGGUCGUACUACGGUGACAUGCAUAAUAUGGGACACGUGUUCAUCUCGUACUCACACGAUCCCGACCACCGCAACCUGGAACAAUUUGGCGUGAUGGGUGAUUCCGCGACAGCAAUGCGCGAUCCGAUAUUCUAUCGAUGGCACGCAUAUGUCGAUGACAUCUUCCAAUUGUACAAGAACAAAUUACCGCCAUACGCUAAAAACAAACUCGACUUCCCCGGUAUCACCGUGUCUUCCAUUGCCGUGGAGGGAACGGCCGGGAGAAACACAUUCAAGACGCACUGGGAACAGAGCACCGUAGACCUGAGCCGUGGCAUGGACUUCACGCCCCGUGGCAGUGUUCUUGCGCGUUUCACUCACCUGCAGCACGAAGAGUUCACUUACGUUAUCGAGGUGAACAACACAAGUAAAAGGAAUGCAAUGGGCACGUUCCGCAUAUUUAUGGCACCAACUAUCAACGAGAACGGUAGUCCCCUUAGCUUCGAAGAGCAACGAAAGCUCAUGAUUGAGCUGGACAAAUUCUCACAUCAAUUGCGCACCGGGAAGAACACCGUACGCCGACGAAGCGUGGACUCGUCGGUGACCAUUCCCUACGAGCGCACAUUCCGCAAGCAGUCGGACCGGCCUGGAGACCCGGGCUCCGCCGCCGCCGCCGAGUUCGACUUCUGCGGCUGCGGCUGGCCCCACCACAUGCUCAUACCGAAGGGCACCACCAUCGGCUACCCGAUGGUGCUCUUCGUCAUGGUGUCCAACUGGGCCGAGGACAGCAUUCAACAAGACACUGUGGGAGCUUGCAAUGACGCUGCUUCGUACUGCGGCAUCCGUGACCGCCUCUACCCAGACAGGCGCGCCAUGGGCUUCCCCUUCGACCGACCGGCAGGGCGUCACAUCAGUAGCGUCGACGACUUCCUCUUGGCAAACAUGGCCACAACCAACUGCAAUAUUAGGUUCACCGACGCGGUCAAACAACGUCCUCUG